AUGUCAGAGAGAAACAAAAGUCUUGUUUAUUAUAAAAUUAAACUUGUAGACACAGGUUCCACCUUGAUCCAAGGUCAUUCACAGUACGAUGAUCUACAGUAUAACGCAGGCGGCAUGCCGGCGGUUACGGGCAUAGCGUCGUUGCCGAUUAAAACUCUAGAAAUGCCGUUUAAUGCACUAGGAAGAGCUUUUGGCAACAAUUAG